AUGCUGUCAGGUAUAUCAUCGAUUUGGUCUGCAGCUAUUGGCGCAGGUUUUGAGUGCAAGCGAACCUAUGACGCGUACAUGGCAGUUGAGCGACGCGGGUUCGAAUGCCAUAGAUCCGUUAGUGUCCCCCUCAAAAUAAGUCGGCUAACUACCGCACACAUUCGAGCUGGCCACACGGGCAGGUCGGCCACCCUGAAUUCUCGUAUGAAAGGUGUCUUCAUUGAUCCAAUAUAUCCCUCAAACUACUUCAUAUCAGAGUCUUCUACCACUUUACUGACGAUUAAUCACAUUGGUGGUAUCUUAAACUACUUUAAUCAUCACCUUAUCUUAUAUCCUUACAAUCUACAUAAGUUACUUGAGGUAACAAACUGA